AUAAAUGCGUAAUUAUCUACCUCGACGACAUCCUCAUCUACAGCCGCAGCAGGGAGCAGCACUUAAAGGAUCUUGAUGCAGUCUUCACGCUGCUGCACAAGAAUCGCCUCAUCACGAAAGGGUCUAAGUGCGAUUUUCUUAAGCAGGAGUUGGAGUUUUUGGGCCACGUCGUCUCUACCGAAGGCGUGAAAAUCGACCCCAGGAAAAUCAAGACCAUACAGGAAUGGAAGCCGCCGACCAACCUCAAGGAACUCCAAAGUUUUCUGGGUUUUGUCAACUACGUCCGCCGCUUUAUCCCCAAUAUGGCAGGGUUAUCUGCACCGCUAACCGACCGAUUGAAGGAUCACGAUUGUUUUUGGUGGGGUGAGAAGCAGCAAGCUGCAUUCGAUCAACUCAAAAUCGCCCUCACGUCGCCGCCCGUCCUUCGCAUCUCCGAUCCCAACCGUCCAUACGAAGUCGUCACCGACGCCAGCGACAUCGCCAUGGUGCAGUUCUCCUCCAGGACUUCGGCGACGGUCCACGACAAGGAAAUGCUGGCGAUCGUCCACGCGUUCAAGACCUGGCGGUGCUACCUGACCGGAGCUGACGUCACGGUGCGGACGGACCACAAAUCCUUACAGUACCUGCGCGCCCAACCGAACCUCAACCCACGACAGAUCCGAUGGCUCGAUUUCCUCGAGUCCAACUUCCACUACACCAUCACCUACAAACGGGGUGCCAAUAAUAUCGCCGAUGCCUUGACCCGCCCUACUGUCCAUACCGCCGCGAUACUAUCGCCCAGACCAACCCAUUACUUACGGACUAUUCACCCACGGCUACAAGAUCGAUCCUUUUUCCGCUCAGCCAUCCAUCAACAGCAUACCACAGCCACCGGGCCAUAUUUUUAUAAGCGUGUACGUGUCCUCCUGCACUGCCUGCCAGAUCAUGAAAUCGUCGCAUCAGCGAGCAGCCGGACUACUACAGCCGUUGGAUCCCCCGAGCGACCCUGGCAACACGUCACGAUGGACUACGUGACAGGACUGCCGGCCGGCCCCAGCGGAAACGACGCCAUCCUCGUGGUCGUUGACCGACUCACAAAAAUGGCGCACUUCAUCGCCUGCCAACAGACAAUCACCGCCGAACAAACUGCGCAGCUGUUCAUCACGAACGUCAUCCGCCUGCACGGACUGCCCUCCGCCAUCAUUUCAGACCGAGACCCAAAAUUCACUCGAAUUUCUGGCGCCACCUGUGGGACCAAUUCGGCACCAAACUCCAAUUUCAUCGCCUACCACCCACAAACCGACGGGCAGACCGAACGCGUUAACCAAACCAUGGAGCAGCUAAUUCGCACCACCUGUACUGACCCAUCGACAUGGGAAAAAUCCUUCUGCUACUCGAAUUCGCGUAUAAUAACGCGACCUCAGCCACAACCAAUCAAUCCCCAUUUUUUCUCAACUACGGACAGGACCCGGUCGUACCCUCUACACCGAACAUCGAGUCACCAAUGCCCCGGUCCCAGAAAUUUGCUGAAGAGAUUCUCGCCACUCGCGACAAAGCAGCUGAGGCCAUUCGGAAAGCUAACCUGGUCGCCAGCCGACAAGCCGAUCGACAUCGACGCGACGUCAAUUACAAAGUGGGAGAUCUUGUCCUUCUCGACACUCGCAAUUUGCGGCUGCCGAUCCCAAGCAAACUCCGACCCAGAUUCUGCGGACCUUUCCAAGUGACCAACCUCGUGACACCUGUCA